AUGCUGCGCCUUUGGCCCAGCUUCCAUGAGGCCUGGUACACUCCCUUCCAGCUGCCUGCUCCUCAAAACCUGAAGGUUCACCUGUACAACGCCCAGCAGGCUCUGAGCUGGGAGCCCGUGUCCCUGAACAAUGACACAAGGCCGGUGGUCUACCAGGUGCAGUAUAAAUACAGCAGUAGUAGUACCUGGUAUGACGUCAACAGAAAAGACAGCAGGGUGGACUGUACGAACCUCACCGGGACAGAGUGCAACUUUACCGCAAACAGCCUCUCAGAGGGCUUCCCACGGCAUUUCAACAUCACUUUACGCCUCCGAGCUAAGCUGGGGGACCUCGUCUCUGCCUGGGUAAAGGCGCCUUGGUUCGAACACUAUCGGAAUGCCACCAUCGGACCUCCAGAAGACAUCUGGGUCACCCCAGAAGAAGGUUCCCUUAUCAUCAGCUUUUCUUCUCCCUUUGAUGUCCCUGCCUCCGUGGCCUUUUUCCAGUAUUAUGUCUACUACUGGGAAAAGGGAAGAAUCAAACAGGUGACACACCCUUUCAGGAGCAACUUCAUCACCUUGAAUGAUUUAAAACCCCUAAGAGUAUACUGUUUCCAAGUCAAGGCAGAACUGUUUUUGGCAAAAGAAAACAUCUCUAGACCUGGGCAUUUAAGCAACGUAUCUUGCUCCGAAACAACAGUGGAUGCCACCACCAAGCUUCAACAAGUCAUCCUGAUCUCUAUGGGAACCUUUUUGUUGCUGUCAGUGCUGGUGGGGGCCUGUCUCUUCCUGGUACUGAAAUACAGAGGCCUGGUUAAAUACUGGUUUCACUCUCCACCAAGCAUCCCAUCACAAAUAGAAGAGUAUUUAAAGGAUCCAGCUCAGCCCAUCUUAGACGCCUUGGAUAAGGACAGCUCGCCAAAGGAUGAUGCCUGGGACUCUGUGUCCAUCGUGUCGUUUCCAGAGAAUGAGCGAGAAGACACUUUGAACCAAAGCACCGAUCCAAGCCACCAGCCUGUGGAAGGAGGACCCUGAGACAGUGAAGCUGCGGAUGUGCCUGUCAGGACUUGA